AUGUCUUUUGUUGAAGAUCGAGUUCGUCUACUUGACAGCCAAAUAGACCGCAUUUGCUUAUCACCUCUACUCACCCAGGAUCGGGUUCUGGAUGGUGAAAAUGGCCCAGACGACGACGAAUCCUACGACAAGACAUUCAAUGUAGAGGGAUUCUCGUCAGCUGAGAUUACAGAGAAGUUAUGGAUUGUAAAGGCACUGUCCUCGUCCUCGUCUUCUCAAGCUCUCCUCGGUUCCCAGAGGAUACAAAGUCUUUUGGUACAGUCGGGGCUGGUCGAUUCAUAUGGCCAGUCUGAUGCUUUCGAGACCAAAAGUUCUCAACAGACAGAAAUUGAGUGGCUGCUCAUCAGCAAGGCCACUCUCCAAGUGUACGGUCUCUUGUUCAACACCUUGCUGGACCAGAUAAUACCAUUGAGCAACGACAUUUGGUAUUGGGACUCUGUCUUGAGCUCAUAUACAUACAGCAGUCUAUUCACUAUCCAGACAGCACCGCUACGAUUCUGGGCCUGGGCCAAGGAGAUUGCCGUCGAUACUCAAAUUCGACUUCGCCGCCUUCAAACUUCGCCUUUAGGGGUCCUUGCGGCUGAAGGGCCUCAGGCUUCGUUGUCGCAGCGGUGGGCUAGAUUUUAUGGCAUAGUGCGUGAGAGCAUUGUGACACGAUCCCUAGCAAAUGUUCAACGCAGGGUAAUGUCACCCAUUGCCCUGUGCCGCACUCAUGCCAAGCAGAGACAGGCCCAGCUUAGGAAGCUGCGAGAUAUGACUGCCAGUGGCCUGGGUGUGCUCAUUGAUGAAGCUUUGAGUUUCGGGGCUGACGAGGAUCUGAGGAGUGCCUCCAACGACGCUAAUAUUGAAUGGAAGGGUUUCGUGGAGCGGAGUGUUGCGUUAAUGGAUCUGAUUGUCAGGGAGGUGCUGACCCUAGAAACAGACGUCAGCGACUUUGAGCAUCGGGUGUUCCGUGGUGUCGAGGAUGACCCUGAAUUAUCCAUACAUGCAGAAGAUGUGGCCGGAGCGCAGAAGCCCGCGAUUCUUGCCCAGAGACUGAUGAGCAUCCUGCAGAACAGCUUGCCAAACCAUGUCGCCACUACCAAUGAAUUGGUCAAAGAGCACGGACGACCGCCCCGAUUGGUCCGAUACUGGCUCCCAGCCACGGCACUUCUCCUGUCCUCGUCCACGAUACUCAAGGUGCUUGUGAAUCGACAGGAGGAUGUGCUGCAGUGGAUCGCGGAUCUUGGGGCUACAAUGCGAGACUUCUGGUUCAAUUGGGUAAUUGAACCGACGCGCAAGGUUGUUGGCACCAUCAGGCACGACAGCAACAGCGAGAUAGCCAUUAUGAGCCGCGACAGCCUAAGAGCCGACCGUGACAGCCUCGAACGAAUGGUGGUAGAGUUUGCACUUGAGAGACCCGAGCUGGCUGGCGCCACUUCGGCCCUGAACGAAUCCCAGGUUUCCGACUUGCGGGCCAAGAUCCGUGAGGGCGAUGUGACGCCAGUGCUCAAAGCCUACGAGAGUGAGCUGAAGCGGCCGUUCGUGGGCGCCAUCCGUGGAGACCUGCUUCGCUCCCUGCUCAUACAGGUUCAAAAGACCAAGGUCGACUUGGAGACAGCAAUCAGCGGGAUCGACGCGCUUCUCAAAAGCCAAGAGCUGGUAUUUGGGUUUGUCGGGCUUACUCCAGGCAUUUUGGUUACCUACUUUGGGUUCCAAUAUCUUCGUACGCUCCUGAGCGGAAGGAAGGGCACACGACGCGGCGAGCGUGCGGUUCGAGCCGUGAGGGUGCUUCGUAAUAUUCACCGCAUCUUUUCCGAUGCCAUUUCGAGCCCAUCACAGGACAACCUGCUUCCAUAUAAAGACUACGGCUUGCUUGUCUGUGAGGUUCACGUCCUGCGAAAGUUAGUGAGUGGUGUUCUGCCUGCCGACGUGGAGAGGGAAUUCCUGGAAGACCUUGAGGACGUGGUGAAUGUCAAAGGUAUCACUGCACAAAUGCGGGCCUUUGAUCGUAUCCGCUGGGCCUACAGGCGGUGGCUGUGA